GUCGCCCCAGAGGCAGACCUGUGGAAUGGGAAAUGGGAGAAAGAAGUAGAAGAAGAAGAGGAGGAGAAGGAAGGGUAGCGAACAAGGUGACCCGUCGGCUUUCUGUACGUUCAUACCAGGUUUGCAUUCUGACCUGCAGGCCAAUGUAAGUCGUGUUGAGUGACUGCGUGUGAAAGAGGGACCAUCAUCAUCCUCAUGUCCUAUGGAGGAGGCUUUCCAGGACGCACUGAUCGCGUCCGCCAGGCGCCCCACUAUGACCAGGUCCCGCAGGGCUCUUUACCGCGAGCGGACUCGGACGACCUGCAGCCGCUGAGGGAGCAGAGACUCGCUCAGAGCGCCGACCCCCUCCCUCCUCCGCCUCUGCCAGACCAGCCGCCCGUGGGCCCCGAGUUCGAUCCCAGCGGCAGCGAGGACAACACCGAGCCCGACCCCGCCCUCGACAUUAAGCCGGUCCACCGCUUCAUCCCCGACUCGUGGAAGAACUUCUUCAGAGGGAGUAACCGCAGCAGUAAGAAGCCCUGGUCCAUGUCCUCCGCCUCCUACAACAACAACAACAGCACCUCUGAGGGGGUCCGCUGCUCCCCUCCGCACUCGCCUUCUGUUCCUGGAUCAUACCGGGAUCCUUAUGGCGGCUCAGGCGGCAGCUACAACUCACACAAGGAGCUCCUGGAAGGCCGGGACGCCCACGAGUCCCUGUCAGGCCGCACCUACCGCACGGGUCUGACCUACAGCGAGCGAGUGGAGGAGUACCAUCAGCGCUACGCCUACAUGAAGUCCUGGGCGGGGCUGCUGAGGAUUCUGGGCUGCGUGGAGCUCCUGCUGGGAGCCGCCGUGUUCGCCUGCGUCUGUGCUUACAUCCACAAAGACAACGAGUGGUUCAACAUGUUUGGAUACUCGUCUCCCGGAGGAGCGUAUGGAGGAGGUUUCUACGGCGCAGGCGCAGGUGGGGCCUACUACACGGGCCCCAAGACCCCGUUUGUGCUGGUGGUGGCAGGGCUGGCCUGGUUGGUGACUGUGAUAGUGUUGGUGCUGGGGAUGACCAUGUACUACCGCACCAUCCUGCUGGACUCCUCCUGGUGGCCUCUGACCGAGUUUACCAUCAACCUGGCGCUGGCGAUUCUCUACAUGGCAGCAGGCAUCGUUUAUGUCCGAGACACGACCCGCGGCGGGCUGUGCUCCUACCCGGUCUUCAACAACGGCAUCAACGGGGCGUUCUGCAGAACGGAGGCGGGCCAGACGGCCGCCAUAAUCUUCCUGUUCAUCACCAUGGUCGUGUAUCUGAUUGGAGCCAUGGUGUGUCUCAAGCUGUGGAGACACGAGGCGGCACGGCGGUACAGGGAGGCGUACGGCCAGGAGAUGCAUCCCUCCGACCUGCGAGCUGGACAGUCUGCGGUGGUUCCGGUUUCAGCUCCUGCAGCCAAAGCACCAGAACCGGUCCAAGGCUCGUCAGUCGUUCCCAUCCAGGCUGCUCCUAAAGCCGUCCCACCAAAGGUCUUACAGGGUUCAAUACCAUCAGGACACAUUCCAAAGCCAGUUAUUCUGCCAGACUACAUUGCUAAGUACCCGUCGAUCCGGUCCGACGAGGAACGGGACCAGUACCGGGCUGUGUUUAACGACCAGUACGCAGAGUACAAAGAGCUCCACUCAGAGGUGCAGCUGACCCUCAAGAAGUUUGACGAGAUGGACGCCAUGAUGCGCAGUCUGCCCCAGCAUCCCAGCAGCCAGAUGGAGGUCGAUCGCAUUAACAGAAUCCUUCAAGAGUACCAGAAGAAGAAAAAUGACCCGACUUUCCUCGAGAAGAAGGAGCGCUGCGAGUACCUGAAGAGCAAACUGUCGCACAUCAAACAGAAGAUCCAGGAAUACGAUAAAGUCAUGGAGUGGAACGAUGGCUACAGCUAAACCUGCUGUACGCCGCUGACCACAAAUACAGCACUGCUGCUGACAGCUCAGCAGUGCUGCAGGGGAAAAUGACACUUUAACUGGAAAGUAAAACCCAGUUAAGACCACAAGAACAUGACUGGCUCUGAUGUGUCUUAUAAUGUGUGCAGCAGCUGUUUGUGAGCGAACGCUUGUUUGCCCACACGAGGCAAAGUGGGUUGAGUGUUUCAUACUUAAAGGAAUAGUUUGGUCUUUUGGGAAAUGUGUGGGAUAGCUAUAACACUACAGUAUGUCCAGUUAGCUUAGCAUAUGUUAGCACAAACACUGGACACGCAGGGAAACGGCAGCACCUCUAAAAAGUGUGCAAUCAGGCUUUUUAGGAAGUUUGCCAUUUAGCACCUCAUAAAACAGAGAAUUCACGUUUCUACACAUUGACAAAUGUGUGUAGGAUUUAGGUGCAGAAAUGGAAUAUAAUAUUCUGAGUGCAUAAUCACCCGAAAAUAAGAAUGUUUGCAUUUCAUAACCUUUGAAUGAGCCUUUUAUAUCUACGGAGAGAGCAGCUCGUAUGGCGGAGUCCGCCAUGUUGCACAGCCAUGUUUCUACAGCAACCCACUUAGGACAAGCCAAACGUUGGCUCUAGAGAGGGACUUUUUACGCUUUCAGCAGCCACCGUCAAGGAGGGUGAGACAGUUUGUGUUCAGUUGGGUGCAGUUUGCAAGCUCGCCACUAGAUGCCAGUAAAUCCUACACACUAGACUUAAUGUGGAAGUAUAAACGUUUUAGCAGCAAAAAAUACUAAAAGUACCAAACGUAGAAGUACUCAUCUUGCAGAAUGGACCAUUUCUGAAUAAUAUUUGCUAUAUACAGUAUUGCUGUUUCCCCACCGUUAUGCUAAGCUAACUGUCUCCGGGCUUCAUAUUUAAAUGAUACAAGAAUGGAAUCAGUCUUUUCUUCGACUGCCUUUUCCAAAAUCAAACUAUUCCUUUAAAAUGGUCUAAAUAUGCAAAGCGCUGAACACAUGUGUGUGUGAUACUGUGAUUGUAGCUGAGGAUUUACUAAGCGACACUGGAAUUCGAUGUCGGAGGAGGCGUAGGAAUGUAAAAUGAAAGAUGCUGCAUUACUUCUGUCAGGUAUAACUCUGCUGAGAGUCCAGCUAACCAUCUCUCUGUCAGCCUUCGUGAAUUUCACGACUUUCCCGCCUGUUCUUCUUGAACUUCAGUGACGGUUGUUUGGAUUGGUUUUAAUUGCACAUGGUGUCUUUUUGUUUGUAACGUGUAACUGUUUGAUACAUGUCUGAAAAUAUGCAUGUCAUGUAGAGUUCUAAAUGUUGUGUUGUGUGUAUGUCGAAACACUGUUCUGCCAUUUCAUAGAUUUAACAUUUUGUACUUUAUAGUCACUUAGACGUUUUAUCCUCUUUAUGCCACUGUACACUCUGGACGUCUUCAUUGAAAUGAUAUAAUGAGGUUUCUGUUCAUGUUGUGUUAUCGAGUGUAACUGUAAAUAUGUUGCUGUAAAUGUCCGUAAUCUUUCAUAAUUUUAAGCGAUCAGCUGGUGCUUUUUUCCUCAGAAUGCAGGUCUGCUAUGUACUGACUAUGCUGUUAAUUUUGCUUUAUUUCACAUUCAAGCACAGUUUUUUUCACUGGAAAAGGGAAGCAGAAACACCAGAGUGCCGCAUAAACACAAUAAAGUUUAAAGAAACUCCAGUGAAAAACCACUGCUGAAUUAUUUCCAGCCUUUCAAAUGUGAAAAGUUGCAGCUUUUCUUGGUCUUGAUAGUAAACUGUGUAUGUUUGAGGUAUGGACUUAAAAAUAAAUACAUUUAAAAAGCUGUAAA